AUGGGCGAGCUGCCGACCGGGUGUCGGAAAAGGAGGCGGAAGCGGGGAGGAGCGGCCGCCAGAGCCGGACUGCAUCCGCCGCGGCGUCUCCAUGGCACGACCCUGGCAGCAGACUUCAACGACUUCAUAAGGAGGCGUUUCUGGGCGCAGCCGUGUCGCUCCUGGUUUCCAUCGUGUGGGAAGAACGGAGUAACGAGUCUCACGCAGAAAAAGGUCUUGAGAACACCUUGUGGCCCACCCAGUGUAACUGUGACGAAAUCUCAUAAGCGUGGAAUGAAAGGGGACACCGUGAAUGUGCGGCGGAGUGUCCGGGUGAAAACCAAGGUACCUUGGAUCCCCCCUGGAAAGUCAUCCGCCCGGCAUGUGGGAUGCAAGUGGGAGAAUCCACCUCACUGCCUAGAAAUCACACCUCCAUCCUCAGAAAAGCUGGUCUCAGUCAUGCGCUUAAGUGACCUCUCCACAGAAGAUGAUGACUCUGGCCACUGUAAAAUGAACCACUAUGACAAGAAGAUCGACAGUCUAAUGAACGCGGUUGGUUGUCUCAAGUCUGAGGUCAGGAUGCAGAAGGGCGAGCGGCAGAUGGCUAAGAAGUUCCUGGAGGAGCGGAAGGAAGAGCUGGAGGAGGUGGCCCACGAGCUGGCAGAGACAGAGCACGAGAACACAGUGCUGAGGCACAACAUCGAGCGCAUCAAGGAGGAGAAGGACUACACCGUGCUCCAGAAGAAGCACCUCCAGCAGGAGAAGGAGUGCCUCAUGUCCAAACUGGUGGAGGCGGAAAUGGAUGGAGCCGCCGCCGCCAAGCAGGUCAUGGCUUUGAAGGACACCAUCGGCAAGCUUAAAACGGAGAAACAAAUGACCUGCACGGACAUCAACACGCUAACGAGGCAGAAGGAACUUCUCCUGCAGAAGCUGAGCACGUUCGAGGAGACCAACCGCACCCUCCGAGACCUGCUGCGGGAACAGCACUGCAGGGAGGACGCUGAAAGACUCAUGGAGCAUCAAGGCGCGCUGCUGAAACGGCUGGCGGAGGCGGACUCCGAGAAAGCGGCCAUCAUGGAGCAGCUGAAGGAACUGAAGCAGAAGGGAGACCGAGACAAGGAGUCCCUGAAGAAGGCCAUCCGGGCCCAGAAGGAGCGGGCCGAGAAGAGCGAGGAGUACGCCGAGCAGCUGCACGUGCAGCUUGCAGACAAGGAUCUUUAUGUUGCCGAAGCUUUAUCCACUCUGGAGUCCUGGAGGAGCCGCUACAACCAGGUUGUGAAAGACAAGGGAGACCUGGAGCUGGAGAUCAUCGUCCUGAAUGACCGGGUGACAGAUCUUGUAAACCAGCAGCAGACCUUGGAGGAGAAGAUGCGGGAGGACCGGGACAGCCUGGUGGAGAGGCUGCACAGGCAGACGGCAGAGUACUCCGCCUUCAAGCUGGAGAACGAGCGGCUGAAGGCCAGCUUCGCCCCAAUGGAGGACAAGCUCAACCAGGCACAUCACGAGGUCCAGCAGCUGAAGGCAUCCGUGAAGAACUAUGAGGGGAUGAUCGACAAUUAUAAGAGCCAGGUGAUGAAGACCAGAUUGGAGGCAGAUGAAGUGGCUGCCCAGCUCGAGCGCUGCGACAAAGAGAACAAGAUCCUUAAGGAUGAGAUGAACAAAGAGAUCGAGGCGGCGCGUCGGCAGUUCCAAUCGCAGCUGGCUGACCUGCAGCAGCUGCCGGACAUCCUCAAGAUCACAGAGGCCAAACUGGCUGAGUGCCAGGACCAGCUGCAGGGCUACGAGAGGAAGAACAUCGACCUGACGGCCAUCAUCUCCGACCUGCGCAGCCGGAUUGAACACCAGGGCGACAAGCUGGAGGUGGCGAGAGAGAAACAGCAGGCCUCCCAGAAGGAAAAUAAACAGCUGAGUCUGAAGGUGGAUGAACUGGAGAGGAAACUGGAGGCCACCAGCGCCCAGAACGUCGAGUUCCUGCAGGUGAUUGCCAAGAGGGAGGAGGCCAUCCACCUGUCCCAGCUGCGGCUAGAGGAGAAAACUCGGGAGUGUGGGUCGCUGGCUAGGCAGCUGGAGAGCGCCCUUGAGGAUGCCAGGCGGCAGGUGGAGCAGACCAAGGAACAAGCACUGUCCAAGGAGCGAGUGGCCCAGAACAAGAUCCUGGACCUUGAGACCCAGCUGAGCAGGACCAAGACCGAACUGAGCCAUCUGCGGCGCAGCCGUGAGGAUGCGGACCGCCGCUAUGAGAGCCGCUUGCAGGACCUGAAGGACCGCCUGGAGCAGUCGGAAAGCACCAACCGCAGCAUGCAGAAUUAUGUCCAGUUCCUCAAGUCCUCCUAUGCCAACGUGUUUGGGGACAGCCCUUACACCUCCUUCCUAACCAGCUCCCCAAUCCGCUCCCGAUCGCCCCCUGCCUGAGCCCUGCCCAGUGCAGAGGAAGAAAGAAAGGAAGGAGUUAGCAAGUUACAGCCAGAAAGCUGCAGGUUCUGCUGUCCCAGUGAGGACACGCCUGGGCUUGUCCUUUGCUGACUCCAGGAUGGUCCCUCACGCAGCAGGCCGGGAAGCAGGAGGUACUUGGUGGCCUCCUCCCUAAUGUCACCAUGUGAUGGAAUUAUUUUACUGACCUUGAAGGCCUUACAUUUACUAUGCCCAUCAUGGAGCAGAUUCCAACUCCCCACAACAGAUGGGGGAACUCAGCUGCGUCUGUCUAGGAAUUCUUGUUUUCUGAUCUGAACCAGCAGAAGCCCUGCUGGGCUAUGAGCAGCUUUCUUGCUUUUUUGUUUCACAGGUACAGGAGGGGGUGGUGGUCACUUGAAGUUGGAGGAGCCCUUAAUACCUCUCAUACCUGUUUCCUUGGGGCCACUUGUCCCCAGCACUUCACAGCUGCCUUCUUGGGACUUAUAAGUGUUACCCCAAGCUCAUUCAUUUUGGUUUCUCUUUGUAUCUUUGGAAUGCAUUUAUUCUUGAAAUAUUUGUAUGGUUUUACAAAAAGAUUUAUAAUCAUUUAUUUAAGUUUCCGUGGGAUGAUUUCCAUUUUCCAGGUACCCCAUCUCCCUUUUAAAAAAUGAUUAAGGUGUAAUAAGA